GUGGUUCUGCCUUUCCUGCGCUCUGCCGGUACCAGUAUGAUUUGAAACAGUCAACAUGGACUUUUCACGUCUACACAUGUACACUCCUCCCCAAUGUCUGCCAGAGAACACUGGCUAUACAUAUGCACUCAGUUCAAGUUAUUCUUCAUCUGCUUUGGAUUUUGAGACCGAAAACAAGAUAGAUCCAGUAUUUGAUUCACCAAGAAUGUCACGGCGUAGUUUACGGUUAGCUGCUGCAGGAUUUAAUAAAUCAGAUGAUGCACGGAAUGAUACCCUUCAUGACAGCUCUUAUGCCGGAAACAUGUCCUUCAGAGAACAGUCUUCUAAGAUGGUGAAGCAACGCAAAAGUAUGAAUAAACAAUCUGGCAGUGUAAGACACACGCCAAGGAAUAAUCUAUCCACCUCUUCCAUUUUUAGCCAAAGCAGUUUCAAUAGCCAUGCCAGUGAUGCAUCAAUGGUAUCCACUGUAUUGAAUGAAUCUUUGAUUCGAGAGCAGACAGAAGUUGAUCAUUUCUGGGGUCUUGAUGAUGAAGGCGACCCUAAAGGUAGUGAUACUACACUGACACAGGGAAAUGGUGAUAUAGCAACAGGAGAAACGCAGACCACAAUGAUCAAUGGCUACACUUGCAGUGACUGCAGCAUGCUUUCUGAACGGAAGGAGGUUCUUACAGCAUACUCAGCUUCUCAUGUGCCAUCUUCCAGAAUUUACUCUAGGGAUAGGAGCCAGAAACAUGCAUCUAGAGGAACCUAUUUCUACAUGAGUAAGAUUCUCCGAUUGGUCAAACAUGCUGCAGCAUCUUUUGCAUCACUAUUAGUGCAACUAUUUCAAAUGGUUUUGCUGAAGCUGGGUUAUGAAUUUAAAGCUCACUCAGACUACUGUGGAAGCAUGAAUGUAAAGGAGUUUUACAGAGAAGAUAGCCAUCUUGGUGUAAAUGAGGAAUCAAUAUGUGAUGACUGUAAGGGGAAGAAACAUCUUGAAAUACACACCACAGACCACAUGCAAUCCUCAUGGGCUAAAAGGGUAGCAAGGACCAUUUGGCACACCUUUUCUUAUGCAGGUUACUUUAUGCUUCACGUGUUGCGAACAGUGGGAACAACAGGAUGGCUUGUGUCUCAGAAGGUCUUGUCUCUACUUUGGCUGGCCAUCCUUUCUCCAGGGAGGGCAGCUUCUGGCAUGUUCAGGUUGCUUAAAACCGGGUGGUAUCAACUUGUUACUCUGAUGUCUUUGCUCAAGGUGUUUCUUGUAAGAAGAUGCCUUCCAAAGAUCUACAAGCUGUUACUGUUUCUAAUCCCACUCCUUUUUCUACUAGGUAUAUGGUUCUGGGGGUUUGAUGGCUUCAUUUCAUUAUUACCUUCCUUGAACUGGACAAGAAUUGAUAGAAUACAGAGAAUAGAUGACUCUAUUCGUGUUCCUGAACCACAGGCUGAUUCUUUUCACUCUGUGCAACCUCCAAAGGAUACCAUAAAUAUCUUUGAUUCUGGUCGUAUAAGUGAGCUGGAAAAGCAAAUGGCCUUCGUGUCUGACAGAUGCCAUCAACAUGAUGAAGAAUAUAGCAAAGUGAUGCUUCUACUCCAUAAUCUUCAAGAUCAGGUUGCCCAGAUGAGCGACAAAAGUGAAACAUUGAAGCUAAUAAAAAAUGUGGUGGGUCAACAUCUUAAAGAUAUGAAACUGGAGGAAAAGACUGACUUCCUGGCUUUACAUCAAGAACAUGAGUUGCGCAUCCUGACGCUGGAAGACCUUCUUGAAAAACUCUCUGCUGAAUCCAAGGACAUCCAGAAGGAGCUUGAUGUAGCCAAAGCAAAAACAAUGAGAGAUGAUGAUGAACAUAGUCAACUUCUUUCCAAAGUUAAAAAGCUAGAACUUGAGUUGUCUCAGAUGAAAUCGGAGCUUUUAACUGGGGAAAGUGUGAAGACAAGUUGCGAGAAAAUAGAUGUCAUUCAUGAAAAAGUAGAUGCCCAGAUCAAAGAAUCUGUCAAGCUAAUGCUUUUUGGUCAUCAACAAGAAGACUUUCCCGAAUCGCUUCUCCAAUGGCUUACAUCCAAUUUUGUGAGCAAAAGUGAUCUGCAGACUUUGCUGCGGGAUCUGGAGUUGCAGAUCCUCAAGAAUAUUACUCUCCAUAUGUCUGUUACAAACCAAAAACUUACAUCUGAAGUAGUAACAAAUGCUGUGACUAAUGCAGGGAUUUCUGGAAUCACAGAAGCGCAAGCACAGAUUAUUGUAAACAAUGCACUGAAACUCUACUCUCAAGACAAGACUGGUAUGGUGGAUUUUGCCUUGGAAUCUGGAGGUGGCAGCAUUCUGAGUACUCGCUGUUCUGAAACCUAUGAGACCAAAACAGCAUUAAUUAGCCUCUUCGGAAUUCCUCUGUGGUACUUCUCUCAGUCUCCCAGAGUGGUGAUUCAGCCGGACAUGUAUCCAGGCAACUGCUGGGCUUUCAAAGGAUCACAGGGGUAUCUUGUAGUUAGACUUUCGAUGAAGAUCUAUCCAACUGCCUUUACAGUGGAACACAUACCAAAAACACUUUCACCAACAGGAAAUAUCACCAGUGCUCCUAGGAACUUUUCAGUAUAUGGUCUAGAUGAUGAGUAUCAAGAAGAAGGCAAGCUUCUAGGACAGUAUGUCUACGAUCAAGGAGGAGAACCACUGCAGAUGUUUCCAGUGAUGGAGAAAAGUGAAAACGCAUUCCAAAUAGUGGAACUGAGAAUUUUUUCUAAUUGGGGACAUGCAGAAUAUACAUGCCUUUAUCGGUUCAGAGUGCAUGGGAAACCUGCCGAAUAAUCUCCUACACUACAGCUUGGGUUGGUUUUGUUGUUGUACAUUUUGUUCUCAAUUUGUAUAUACCGGAAAGCCUAGAACACUGGAAUCUUUAAAGGACGAGGAUGCAAGAUAUAUACUGCAGAACUGUUGAUCCUCUGAUAAAGGCAGAAGACACUCAGCAGAAUUGUAUAAAAAACAAUUUUUAUUUGCUCUAAUGCUCAGCUUGUAAUUGCUAGUUAGCUUUAUAUUUUUGUGUCCAUGCUGAGAGAAAUAAUGCAUGCGAACUACUCUGGUUCAUAAGCCCAGCUGGCAAACAGGUGACACCUAUUUUAUUACAAAUGAAUGUAUAGGGUUUUUUAAAAGAAUAAACCACACUUUCUGCAACUAGGAAUCUGUUUGUUUUUAAAUCCAAGACUUAACUGCAUACUUCUGUUAGCUCAGCACCAUAGGCCAAAAACUGUGGUACAUUUUAAACACUGACUGUGGCUAAAGGUGUCCUUCAGUUGACCCUUGGUUUUGACCUUUUUGGUGGAUCCAAAAGGGCUUCUUUGAUACAUGCUGAAUAUAAAUAAAUAUUACUGUCAGGGAAAGUUAACACAACCAAAACUAGUUUAAACACCAGCGACUGAGAAUGCUUUACUGUAAUUUGUGGCCAUGAAUUGCCCUAAAAGUCAGGGAUAACUUUAACUGAAGUUAUUUUAAGGGUUUUUACCAUAGCAGCUUGGCCAGUUUGUUCUUCUUUAGUGUUAAUUCCAAAUCUUGGCCUUGAUGUACUGACUAACUGGAUCGGAGCUGAUAAGCCUGCUAAAUUGCUUAGUAAAUGUUAGUAUACAGCAAUUAAACAAUCUUAAUUUGUCAAAAGUGAUCUUUUUGGGACAGUAAUUCCUUUGGCUGGUUCAUUGUUAUACUCGGAUGUGGUACUGUGAGAAUGCAGUGUGUGGAAAACAUGACUGAAGUAAACCUCAACACUCCACAUUUACAAGUAGGACUUCUGCUCAGUACUGCUGCAUUGAAAUAACGGGCAUUCUUUAGAACAUCCCCUGAAACCUUAGUCAGGUAGGAGAACAUGAAUGAUGUCUUGCUCUCAAAAGCAACAUUUUCAUGUAGAAUGAGAUGAAAUUGCUUAUUGCCUCCCUUAGGAUUGCUACUUUGAAGAUCCUUGUCAGAAAAGAUUUCUGAAACAUACUCAUAUGCGGAAUUUUUAUCUUGCUGUUAUAAUGCAUUUUAUAGUUACACAUGAACUGUUAACACAUGGAACUGCUGACUGGUUUUCUGAAUAGUUAUGUAUGUUGCACAACAGUCCUCGAAUGUUUAAAAAAAGUCUCUGUAUGAAGAACUCUUUUUUUUUUUUUUUUCACUUGAGCUCGAGACAGAACCUAUGGCCUACGCAGAGGAGCUAGAUUACAUGUGUACAGGUGUUUUCAUAUUAUAGGUUGCAUAUUUAAAAUUGUCCUGUAUAAAUUGAAAUUAGGUAGCUGGGGUGGGAAUAUUUUGAAUAACACUAACUUAUUUUUAAAAAAGCAAGAUAGGACUUUGUGCAAUGUAUUUUUGUAAAUGCUUUUCAAAAUGUCUGUUAUUCUUUGCUGCCUCUGAACUGACAAGAUGCUAUUGAGAUGUUUAAAUAAAGAGUUUUAAUUUUUGAAAGUGCAUGUAAUAUUUGAAACAAGAAAUAAAGCUGCUUUUCUGUA